GUGUAUGUGCGUGCGUCUCAUGUGUGGGAGUUUUGAUUGCUGGUGGUGGUGGUGGUAGUGGUGGUUGUUGGUGGUGGUCGCUGAAUAUUGGGUAUACCGAGGCUUCUAAAUGAGGUGGUAGAAGAAGGUGGAAUUACUGAGGAGAGGGUGAUGGAGGGACGUGCGCACCAUCGACUCGCGCAGCGGUAGAGGUGGAGUUGUUACACUCGGCGCAGGCUGAGAGUGGAGUGCGCAUUCACGCAUCUCGACUCUGCACGUGACAGCUAAGAUUUAUUAGCAUCCUUCAUUCGCGUGGAUUUGAGCAAAGGGGCAGAAGAGAUUUUUCUUUUUAUUCCCGACGAAUGCAUCGGGCAUGUCUAUUGCAGUGCACAGCGCGGUGCGCCGAGAGUCGUCGCGAGGGAUGCCGGGCCACACGCGCCCCGCGCGCCGGGGACCCUCCGCCGUCGCCAUGUUGCUCGGAGCCGCCCUGCUGUGCACGAGUCUCGGCGCGACAGCAGGUGAAACGUGCCCCACUGUGACGGGGCUGAGAAGCCACGCGGAAGGCAAUCUCCAGCAGAGGAAAGUCUCAGGGUUCGAACUCACGGCACUCUUCUUGAGAGCGGACAACGACACACCAAGGUCAGGACGGGCACAAGGCUCCAUUCGAGUUGGCACGCGGCCCAUCACUUUCCUCACCAGGGAGGUGUUCCCCCAGGGCCUUCCGCGAGAAUUCUCCUUCACCAUGCUCUUCCGCCUGCGCACCACGUCUCGCAGGGAGGACUGGUACCUGUGGAGGAUGACGGACGCCCAUGGUGCCACGCAGCUGGCGGUGCGUCUGAGUGGCGAGCGCCUCGCCCUGGACCUGGUGGUGCGCGGGACCCCCGUGGGCACGCGGGCCUCGUUCCGCGGGCCGGCCGUGUCGGCGCUCUUCGACCGCCGCUGGCACGCGCUGGCCCUCUCGCUGGGCGGGGGUCGCGCCGAGCUGCGCGUCGACUGCGCGGUGGCCGGAGCCAGGCCGCUGCCCGACCGGCGGCCCUCGGCCGGCCUCGACGACCCCGGGGGACGCACCGAUCUGGCCAAGCGAGUCCGCGACGGAGGCCCCGUCGACUUCGACCUGCUGCGGAUGCUCAUCUACUGCGACCCCCGCCAAGUGGAGGAGGACAGCUGCUGCGAGCUUCCGGGCGCCCAGUGCGCUCAGCGGCUCGAGGCCACGGCGCCUCCGCCCACGAGUCGCCUCCCGCCGGCCGGGCGGUUCUCUCCGCUCGUCUCCACGCUCACCCCGUCGCCCAACUGCUCGUGCUCGCCGGGGCCGUCCGGCCCAGAGGGUGAUCGAGGGCUGCCUGGCCGAGCGGGGAAUGCUGGCUUCAAGGGGAAAUCUGGAUUCCAAGGCUGGAUGGGAGCUGCUGGACCAAAAGGAGAACAAGGGGACAUGGCCGUUGACUGGGAAGGUGGGGGUGAGAAAGGAGAUAAGGGUGAUCCGGGGCAGGCAGGUCAGCCUGGCCUCAAGGGAGACAAGGGUGAAAAGGGUAUUACGGGCUCACCUGGAAUGAUCGGUCUGUCUGGACAAAAAGGUGACCAGGGCGAAACUGGAAUGAAGGGUGAAUCCGGACUUCCUGGAGCCAGGGGUCAGGAGGGUCCGCGAGGAGCACCGGGGGAACCCGGGCCGCCUGGUCCUGUCGGGCCCGCGGGCUUAGCGGGCAUUCCGGGCGAGAGGGGCCCCCUCGGAGAUCAGGGCGCGAAAGGAGACGUUGGCCUUCCCGGAUUCGCUGGAGACGCGGGCAAAGCCGGAAUCCCAGGCAUCCCAGGUAAUCCUGGCAAGGACGGCUCUAAAGGAGACAAGGGAGACAUGGGACUGCCAGGCCCACCUGGACCUCCGGCCGUCACCGCCCCGAUAUCCGGAGCGGACGGCGAUCCCGGACCCAAGGGCCCAGUCGGAAGACCUGGGCUGGCAGGACCUCCUGGCGAUAUGGGCCCUCCAGGACCCCGUGGCGAAAUCGGACCCCUUGGGACCGCGGGGAGGAGGGGUCGUAGGGGCCAGAGGGGAGCGUCGGGGAAGGAGGGACCCCCGGGGAAACGCGGGCCACCUGGUCAGCCCGGGCCUCCUGGAGCCACCGGCAGCCAGGGCCUGCCUGGCGACCUUGGCUCCGUGGGUCGACUCGGAGUUCUGGGUUCACCGGGUUCCCCGGGCAAAGAUGGCAAGGAUGGGCUGCCAGGCUACCCUGGACAAAAGGGAGACAGUGGACCACCGGGUUCCCAAGGGAAUCCUGGCAUCCCCGGCCUCAAGGGUGAUCCUGGGGAGAUUGGCAUACAAGGGCCUUCCGGACAAAAGGGAGACCCUGGCGAUGGUGGUCCACUGGGUCCCAUGGGGCCAAAGGGGGACAAAGGAGAGGAGGGUGAGACAGGGAACCCGGGCUCUGCUGGAUUCAAAGGUGAAAAAGGAGACAGGGGCGACACUGGCCCACGUGGUCCACCAGGCCUCCCCGCUGCUGGUUCUCAAGCGACGGGUGUGAUAACGACGGAGCCGGGACCUCAGGGAGAGCCGGGCCAAAAGGGAAGCAAAGGGGAUGUGGGAGACCUGGGCCCUCGGGGUCCGCAAGGAAGAACUGGCAAUCCGGGUCCUCUCGGACCUGACGGGCAGAAGGGAGAGAAAGGAGAGACCGGUCCCACUGGGAUUACUGGACGAGACGGACCACCUGGGCCUCUGGGAUCGCAAGGACCCACAGGACUGCCCGGUGUGCCUGGUCUGCCUGGGCCAAUGGGAAUGCAGGCAAAACCUGGGGCAAAAGGCGAAAGGGGCGUUCCUGGUGUCGAGGGAGCCACGGGCCCUCUUGGACCUCGUGGUCUGCCAGGCCCUCCCGGCCUACAGGGCCCCCUAGGCCUCGGUCUCCCUGGCAAACUGGGGGAGAGAGGCCAAGCAGGUCCAACAGGCCCGCAAGGCCCCAAGGGUGAGCGAGGGUUUUCUGGAAAUCCGGGUCCCCCAGGGGAGAAAGGUCAGCCUGGUAUAGGUGUUCCAGGUCCUCAGGGACCUCAGGGGACCGCUGGCGAGAGAGGGCCUCAGGGUCCAAAAGGAGCUCCAGGAUUCCCAGGCCUUCAAGGAAUCCCUGGAAAAGAUGGAGACCCUGGGAAGGAUGGAAGACCAGGAAUCCAGGGCCCCCCUGGCAAGCCGGCACCCCUGCCUUUGAUCUCGCAAGGGGAGAUGGGAAACCUGCUCAAGAACGUGUGCAGCAGUUGCCUGACAGGAGCCCAGGGCUCACCAGGUCUCCCCGGGCUCAAGGGAGAUAAGGGCCCCACGGGGAGUCCUGGUGAGGAUGGACGAGACGGGGAGAAGGGAGAUGCUGGUUCUCAAGGUUCUGCCGGAACCCCCGGAGUGGAUGGGAUGAAGGGCAGCAAAGGAGAGAGGGGGUUGACAGGCCCUGCAGGUGACAAAGGGGAAAGGGGUCUCCCAGGGUUACCUGGGUAUUUUCCUGAGCCCAGCGUCAUCGGUUCUCAAGGAAUGCUUGGAGAAGUCGGUUCCCCAGGAUUAAGAGGCCCGCCCGGCAUAAAGGGAGAGCCAGGAGAGGCUGGGCUUCCCGGUCCUAUGGGCCUGCCAGGACCACCUGGCCUGCCUGGGGUGGAUGGAAGGAACGGCAGAGAUGGACAAUCUGGUGAAAAGGGCAUGAAGGGGGAGCCGGGUCUGGUGGCAUUCGAUGGAGUAGAGGGGAACAUGGGUUUUAAAGGAUUUACUGGAGAACCAGGUCCACCUGGGCCAAAGGGUGAAAAGGGCCCGUCUGGGCUCCCCGGGAGGGAUGGCAUUCAAGGGAUUGACGGGAGCCCAGGUCUCCCUGGGCCACAGGGACCCCCGGGGCCCAUCGGAGAACCGGGUCGCCUGGGACCUCCAGGGCAUCACGGCCUCCGAGGACUUCCAGGAGAAGCUGGCGCGAAGGGAGACCAGGGCUCCGUGGGAGACGUUGGAUUCCCAGGAUCACGAGGACCUCCGGGGCCUAUGGGACCUGUGGGGAGAGCUGGGGAGCCGGGUAGAGAGGGCCAGCUUGGAGGGAAGGGAGACCGUGGGCAGAAGGGAGAACGCGGGGAGCCCGGGAUUCAGGGCGACCAGGGACUCCAGGGAGACAAGGGCCUACAGGGCGACCAGGGACUCCAGGGAGACAAGGGCCCAUCCGGCCAGCCGGGGCCCCCAGGGGUGAAGGGCAUCACCGGGCCGAUGGGGCCGUACGGUAUCCCCGGCGAGAGGGGCUCACCCGGCCUGCCGGGGUUGAUGGGGCCCGUCGGGCCACAUGGACCCAAGGGUGACGCUUUUCCCCUUGACGAGAUGAAGCGUCUGAUAAGAGAAGAGGUCACCAGGAUAUUAGAAGAUCGACUCACGAGGGUGAUGGCACACAUCCAGUCGCCUGCAGCCAUCGUCACAUCCCCGGGGAGACCAGGGCCUCCUGGCCCACCGGGAAGGGAUGGCACGCCCGGUCGACCUGGCAUGCUUGGGGAACCAGGUCCACAGGGAUCAAUGGGGUCCCAGGGCCCUCCCGGCAUACAGGGUCCUCAAGGCGAUAGGGGCCCCAAGGGUCAACGAGGGGACCCUGGGAUCGCGAUCAAAGGGGAACGCGGAGUUCCAGGACAACCAGGCACACCGGGCAACCCCGGGCAGGCCAAUGACGGCAGCCCAGGCCCCCCAGGGCCUCCAGGCAGGUUCGGCAUAGCGGGGAUGCCAGGGCCACAGGGGCCUCCGGGCCGGGCCGGCCGCUGUGACCCGACGACGUGCCAGCAAGCGGCCCUGCUUGCGUACCGCGACCGUCGGGACACGGAAAGGCCUUGACGGGAGACGAGGAGACGAGAUCUGCGGAGAUGUUGGGCACGGCGGGGGGGGGGGGGGGGUGAUGCGAAAUCACGUAAGGGUUGCCCCCCUCUGAUUAUGACAGAUGGAGGUGUUGUCAUGGCCAAGGCCUUUCAUGCCACCAAACCUCGCUAACCCUUUCUAUUCUCUCGAGCAGAUUCCGCGGCUGCUGCACAGUAGGCGUGCGACAUCCGAGACGACCCGCCCUAACAGCAUCCCACCCCUCCCGUCAUCUGCUCUGAGGUCUUCCCCUUGGUUGCCAGACUCGUGGAAACCACUCCAAUGCUUUCCACCUCUUAGGUACCAAAAAACAAACAGGACACAUAAUGGGAAUAAUAAUAUCUCUCAAUACUGCAAGAGGGGAGACCUACCUGUAAUUGUAUUUUAUCUUUGGUGGUGCAUUAUUAUAUUAUUACGCAAAUAACGUCAUGGAAGGACUAUGUGAUUUUGGCAGGAGAGCUACCUCAAUAAGAGCACGAUCCUGGAUAGACCAGGACAGGUGACAACCCUGGCGUUGCGGCCUAGCGGUGGAGGAUGUUUACGAUCCCAUGCUGUGGCUGCUCUGCGCUCUGAAUGAUCGCCGCGUGAGGACACUUUACGUUCGGGCAAAAAAGUUGGCGACCGUUUGUUGCUUUCGCGUAAGACUGCAGGGAUUUAGCGUUCGCAGUGACGGAUAGGCGCAGGAUGAGAAUGCUUUACAGCCAUCGUCGUUGAUAAUACGGCCAUAAGGAUAAAAUUAUUGCGAGACGUACCUUUCCCCAUCGUACGUUGACGUUGAAUCCAGUUGAGAACAGUCUUAUGCCACCAGUGAAGAGACGCUUUAUUGGUCAGAAUUUGAUCAAUAUAUUGGCAACGUAUAAAUAAUAUCGGUUUAAGCCUGACAAUUUUGACAGGUGCUGGAGGGUUAAUUACGAUAAUUUUGGCUUAAAACUACCACUUGACCUCACCCAAAACAAAAAAUGGAUCAUAAAAUACCAUAUUCGCCUGAUUUAUAAGAUUUUCCAAAAAGUAAGACGCACCCCAAAAUUGUGCCCGGUGUAAAUAAAGUUAUACAAAUCUGGUCAUGCACGAACCUACUGGAUUAUAAGAUGCACCCACGACUUUAGCUUUAUAAUACAGGGGGUAAAGGUGCGCCUUCUAAUCUGGAGAGUAAGUUUGUACAAGAUAACGUUACAUUUUGGGCAUCAACACUUUGUCAGGGCGCCACGGUGGCGAGAUGUUAACUACCUCGCCUGGUAUACAAGAGGUUGUGGGUUUGAUCCCGACCCUGAUGCCUGUAUAUUUGGAGUUUGCAUGUUCUCUCUCCCCGCGGUCGUGUGGAUUUCUCUCCGGAUCCUCUGGUUUUUCCCUCGACAUCUUUGUCGAGCUUUCAUUUGUGGCAAGGUCGCUUCUGCAAACAAUAGCUAUAUAUGAAACAGAAAAAUAGGACAGAAAGAUGUGGCAUAGUUGCAAAUUCUGCCGCACUCUUAUUUAAUCUCCUUCUCUUCGUUAAUUCACAAUUACAUGUUUAUGUUCGUACGAGAUGGCCUGUUAUUGGUGGCCGUGGUAAAGCAUUGUCAGCCUGGCGUACACUCACGCUGUGCAUUGGUAUCACUGGCAAAUUUGAACGAGGGGGAGUUUCAGGCAGAGUAAAUGACAAAAUAUAUCAAAUCUGAUGACGAUAAUACGGUGUCCAUUAAUGUACCAUUAUUACGUGAUUAUACAUAGACGGCAGUUCGAAAUGCGUGGUUGAAAUGUUGGAAGGCCCGCUCCUCCCAUACCUAACAUUUUAAAAACCUGAAAUCUUGAAUGAUCAACAGCAGCGCAUAAGAUGCGUGUUCGAAACAAUCAGAGCCGAGAUGCUGGCAGAUACCCAGCCAGGACUCAAAACUCAACGUGGUAUUUGUCACCAAAGCCAUAGUGGGCACAUCGAUGAUUCACACCACCAAAUACUUGUAUGUGUGUGUGUAGUUUUAUCGAGAUUGAUUCCCGCUCAUGUCCAACAACGGUGACGAAUAUCUGACCUCCGCUAGGUCGACUCAGCCUUAAAUGAGUACAAAGUUCGGUGUGCCGGCUUCAAAAUGUUCUCGCGAAGAGCACUUGCCCCGACAAUCUGUUAAAAUACUAUAUGGAGUAUAUACACUUUGGUUCCUUUUCCGUAAAGUCACGUAGGUAGAAAAAUAAUGGGUCACGACGUUUCGAUCGCAACACAAGCAGUCGUCAUGAAUCACAGCAAGAAAAAAACGUUGUGAUCUAUUUUUUUCUACCUACGUGACUUUACCGAAAGAACCAAAGAGUAUGGAUUUCCGCAGUCACGAAAGCUUCAAAUCAAGAUUAUAUGGAGUAUCUUUGGCUUUAUCUUGGUGGUUUUUUCAACUUAGCUCAAACUGCUGUCUUAUUAUAAUUCCUUAACGAUGUAUGGUAAUACCGAUAUGUACACCCUGUACGUUUAUUUCUUAAACUAAUUUCACCCUCACUGGCCCAUGCGAGUGAAGGUGGGAGGGGGCGGGGUGGCAACCCGAUUUCAAUUUCAAAGGCUCCUGCAGCCCCCAGUUGCCCAGUGAUGCCAUUGUCGUUACCACUAGCUCUAGUGGCCACUCCUCGCAGGAGGCCGUGGGGGGGAAAAAAAACCCUUGCGUUGAACCUCUCCAAAUCCCUCGUUAGGACCUCCUUAUCGACACGGACGCGCAAGAUGCAGCAGGAUGCUCGCACGUGGAUUCGCCGACACGAGGCAACCACGCAAAUGAAAGGGGGUGGGGGGGGGGGGUGUAACAGAAACUAAAAAACGUGAUAACCCACGCAAUCUAUUUUGUCUAGCAAGUCGGACUCUUGUUCCUAGUAAAUGUGGAUUAAGUGGAUGAAAACAAUGAAUUGGUAAGUUCGUUGUGCGGCCAUCUGUGGGGCGAUGGUACGAUAAUAACUGUAUCAAGUGGAUCGUUAAAGUGCUCCAGUGAAGCAAGCAAGGGUUGUCUUUUUAAACGAAUAUAUGGGUUAUCCAGUUUUAGUUUCCCACCCCCCCCCCCCCCAGGACAAUCAUCAAAUUACUUUUAUUCUAAACAAAACGUUUCCUUUUUUUUACCAUGAAACACAUGACCGAAACUUUUUCAAAUGUUAAAGCGCAUUAUCGAGGCCAGUUUUAAUUAACUAAACUUUGAUAAGUAAAUAGCUUUAGUUGCGCUUUUGAAAAAAACGUUAUUUUUUACACGAGUGGUUAUCAUAAAACUCCGUGCACUAAGGUUUAUUUUCUGCGUACAAAAAACAAUACCUACGCUGAUACACUGUUUAAUCUCUUAGUUAUAUUUUUUUGGACGGGGUGGUUGUACAAUGACACGUCCAGCGUCAUGGGAUAUUUGAAUACUGCUGUACUGUUUAACCAUCGCGUUUCAAAUCACGGAAAACUAGAAAUGGUUUCCAGUUGAUAUAUUUUUUUGAUUGUUUUCAUUGCGCUCGCGAUUUGCGGUGCAGUCCGGUAAAGUUUAAGUGCGAUCCUUAAAGUACCUCAAAUCCUGCCGGUCGGGAUUUUUUUUUCCGGCCGCUCUUGUUUAUUUACUGUUUUUGUUUUAUAUAACCUCAUUUCGUGUCUUUUUUCUGCGCGCGCGUGUCAGCAAAAAAGAUUAUUAUUCUCGAAGUUAACCAAAAGUGCCACCCCAUCCAAUGCACCAGUUUUGGGCUGUUUGUUUUUAGCAGUGUGUUGAUUUGGAUGUGAUGGCACAUUCCUAAAAUCCAAUGGGGGGGGGGGGGCUGGCGGUGUGGGGGCAUUUUCUGUUGUCUCUUUUCCAAUAUGAUUCCGGUCGUUGUUGCUACUGGCAUCACCGCAUGAGACGAAGCAACCGUAAGGAACUCAUGCUCAAUCUCAACCUUGUAGUGCCCCGCUGCCGCACAGUGGUCGCUCACUCUCGAAGGGAACGACUUGAGAGACGCGAGGAAGAACCACAGACAAGCGGCAGUGCACCUGGCACCAAAUCCCCUCCACCCCUGCUAACUUCUGCAGUCCUCUAUAUAUAAAGGUGUUAUUGGCCAAUGAAUCAGUGUUCACAUUCUUGGAGACUCACUGAGGCCUACUUGCUCGCAGGUAGGCCUCAGCUAAAAUGCUUUAAAUGCUAUCGGGUGUGCAGACGGUGCAACUGCACUGGGGUCCACUGGCAGGAGGAGGGCAUCCAGGCACGAUAAUACAUCUCUAAUUGGCUGGAAUUAUCUCCGUAAGCGGGAAUUGAUUGGAAAAGAGACAGUACCUGGCAAUAGAAUGGCUGCGAGUUCAUUGUUUUCUUUAUUGUUGCAUCAAAAUUUUUUGUGUUUCUGCUAAAUAGAUCACAUUUUCUGGCCAGCAUAGUAAUUUAAUAUUUUCAGUGGAGUGAGUCACCACUAUCUUCGAUUUAAAGGUGUUUGUAGUCAUUGUUUAUGAUGUAUAUAUAUAUUUUUAAACAAUUUUCUAGCUAUGGGGUUGUUUUAUUUGUCAUUUGUUGAUUAACAGUCGUACAUUUUUUCGAACAAAAUAUACUACAUGAGAAGACUUCCUUUCAAAACACAUGAAAUAAUCAUACAUUGUAUCUCUUUGUCUCCACUCCUUGACGAAGGCCUUCCCUUGCUGUGACGGUUGUGGGAAUUAUUAACCAUACUUCACCAUGCUGGUCAGUGCGUGUUCGCGAGGUGGGUCAAUCGCCAGCAACGUGAGUCUUGGCUGGAAACAGAACUCGGGUUUUCAGGUUCGUAGUGCUAUGUGUGCAACAACUGCACCGCCGCUCCCCUUCGAAACCCAGAUAAAGCAGACCGCACAGACAUGUGACUUUAAGCAUUCGGUAACAUUGGGUAGACUCAAAACCACCUGCAGUGUUCCGUGUGAGGUCAGUGCGGGAGGUGGCAUCUGUUGAGAAAGUAUCACCUUUGGUGAGAGAGUAAGUCGUGAGUGAUUCCCAUCAGCCCUGAUGCAAGCAAGGAAGUUGGGCCCUCUGUCUUUCCACCCCUCUUCAUAGCCCAGAACCUGGGUGCCUCCGGCGCCCAUGUGUGCAGUUGUGUGCAGUUGUGUACAUAUCCUUACUACUUUGGGUAUUCCAGUUUAAAAUAAAUUAACAGAUGACUCGUGCAUCGAUAGUAUUGGGAUGAGUUUUAAAUAUAUUGUAAGUUUGCCAUCAAGCUUGCAUUUUGGAAAGCAGAUUUUGUUUUACUGAUUUUUGGUGGCAUGUUGCACGUCCUCGAUCUCUUUGUUUUUAGGGAGAACAUCUUUUAAUCUCUUAAUAUAUCGGUACAACCACCACUGAAUUCGGACCAACAGGGAGAUGAUGAUCGCAGCUCAAGGUCAACAUUUUUCGUGUGACAUUUUAGGGAUGCUCCUGAUGUGUAAUAGACGUACCGGAACUGCAAUCAAGUAGAUGUCACCAAUUCUAUUGGUCUCCUGGCGUGCCUGGCGUGAUAGUUGAAAUGCAAACACCACAGUCUACAUGAGCAGCAGAUCGCGUGUGGUGGCACAAAGUGUGGCCAGGCCAACAGUGGUGUGAGAAAAUAAUUGUAGCGCUGCACCAUCAUCUUGUUUGAUUGUAUCACAAUACAGGUGAUUUUUAGAAUUACCUCACUGCUCUCCCACUCUCUUGUGAUAAAGUUAACCCUGCCCUCCGUCACCUCCGGGACACACUGCUGAAAGACCACAGUGCAAUGCGUACCAGUUAAAUAAUAUUUUUCACUACAUUUAAAGUAUUUUUGUAUUCUUGUCAUAUGUAAAUAAGCGCUAUUGACCAAUUGCUUGCGGCAAAAGUGCGAGUUAUUCUGGUUGUGCAAUUGUCUUGGCCUUUGUCAGAUAGCCUUAUAUAACAUGAUACUGUACCGCCUCUCCUGCGGUGUGUGUGUAUAUAUCGAACAUUAGUGGGGUGAGAUAUUUGUGAGAUCCAAUUUCGUAAAAUGGUAUUUGAAUUACAUUUCUUUAUUUUUUUGAUGUGUUGAUAUUACUUUCUGGCUGGAUACUUUUAUUUUCUUUAUUUGUAUACAUUUUAAAGAGUUACACAGGGUACUUUUUUGUGAUAAAGCAAUUGGUGAGUUUAACUGUGCACUGUAUGUUUUUACAGUGUUUGCUGUUCUGUAUUUAUGAACAUGUGUUGUUGGAAGUGAUUUUAUUUGAUGUGGUGCUACGAACACAAAUAUACUGCACACACAUACAAACAAUUUCCCACAUAGCCAUACAUAUGGCUGCUGCUGCUGCUGAAGCACACAAGGGGGUGGUGGAGUCACCACCACCGCUGGUUGCUCACCUGUAUCUCUAUAGUCCUGAUGCACGUCGAUGCGUAUACAGCAUAACUGUACCUAUAAUCACCGGCACCGCACACUUGGGAUGGGUUGUUGAUUUGAAAAAAAAAUUGGAUUCCACAUUUUUUUUAUUUUAAGGCAAAUUUCAGAUAAUUUUUAAUACAGGUAUUUUCAGAUGAUUUACAUAUAAUAAUGUAACAUGUCUUCGUGCUAACAGAAGUGACAUCAUCCCAACGCCACUUUUGGCAGAAGCAGGAAAGUUAGGUCAUUUCCUGUGCCAUCAUUUCCCGUGGUGCCAUGUUUCUUGAAUUUAUCGAUCCAAAACCAAUAAAAAUUCAGAUAAUCCAAAAUGUUGUGUCGAGGCCAGAUGUUCGAAUUGUUUUCACUUAAUUACAAAAAUCUGAAACAUCCCUAGUACACACACACACACUUAUAACUUUUAAAACAUAUUUGGAGCAGUUUCAGAUUGCAUUUCACUCCGAGCAUAUUAACUAUUUGGUAGUUUUAUUUAGCAUGUUGAUCUUACUGUUGUUGUUUUUUUAUACAUUCCUUUAUUUUCAUGAUUCCUUGAAAUCUCACGGUGUGUAUCGUCAUCUAGAAUGUGGGUUGGUAUACUCUGCUGGUUAAGGUUUUAUAGUGGAAUGUUUUACUGGCAAUCAAUUUAACCGAGUUAAGGUGUUUCUACCACACCUGCACGUGCACACAUUGUACCAUGUAUGUAUGUCAGCACAUGCUUGUUAAGAAUUGAUAUUUUCCAACACUUUAUAAUGUAUUUGGCAUUAUGGUUUUUAAAUAACGCAACCAUUCGUUCCUGUUGUUUUAAUUUGCAUGCUCAAUAUUUUUAAAGUAUUUUCGUGACAAAAAAAUUAAGAUGAAGCAAUUUCACAUCAUCCAUGGAUUUUAAACUUUACCUAGUUCUAAAUAAAGGUGAUUAUUUAUUAAAUUAUUCAUUGGUUGAACCAUGAGUCACGAUCCGUCUGAUUAUGCCCCUUAUAAUAGACCAGGUUCUUAUAAAUAGUAUCACAAAUUAUAUUUUAAGAGCUCAAUUCACAUAUGGCCCAAUUUUGGUUUACAUUUUUUUUAUUCCAUUGCCAAAACUGGUGAAAAUCAGUAAACGUAGUUUGUAUCGGCCAUUUAAGAAUUCACAUGAAAUAUCAUUGAAUACAUGAGCCCAGUUGGUGCAUGCCCCUUUUCUGGUUAUAUUUUUUUGGAAAAUUGUGCCAUUUGAACAAAAUUGAAAUCACCACCGUGAUAUGUUUCGACCGUUCUCACAUGACAGACAGUUGCUGAAGAAUGACCAACUCACGAUGGUGGGUUAAUAUCUGGUUGAAGUUGUGUAUUUUUAUGGCCAGACUCUAAUCCUGGCAAAACGAUUUGCCCCAUUUUGUGACGGUGGAAACGUGGUCACUGUUCGCCAACAAUGUGAAUCGAGCCCAUUGGCUUUCCAACACAUGACUGCACAAUUAAACUUGUGAGAAGAAAAACACGCAAUUAUAUCGCCAGUUAUAUAACCACACUAAUUCUCAUGAAUGAAUAAAAAGUGUAAUUAUUCAUGGAGCAUUACUUAAAGCUCAAUUAACAUUUAAUAAAAAAAAUAUUAAUUUGGACCUUUAAUGGACCCUACCAUGCGGUGUUUUACAAUUGGUAACGAGCAGGUUAUAUUACAUCAGGGGUGUCAUGAUUCAUUAAUCCGAUUCUUACUCUCACCGUCCAUGCAUGCGUCGAAUCACGCACGUAAGAAUCGAAGAUUGUCCUUUCAUAUACUGUACCUUCUAUGUUCACGUGGAUCCUGUUGCCAUCAACUUGUAACAGAAAAAAAAAUCCAUUCUUGAAUGGAAGUGAUGGAAAUCGUAACAAUUCAUUGUGUUGCAGAAGGAUUUGUCAUGAUAUACCUGCUGUGCCCAUAUCGCCUGCCGUAUAGACAACACAUCUUUCUUAAUGAAUUACAUUCUGUCAUAUACCUUACGAGGAGACGGAGGUAUAGGCGGAUAUUUUAACAGCUAUAGAACAUUAUAUUUACACUGUGCUGGGUGUGGGGCAGUUAACUGAUCAGGGCAGACAGUCACGGUCGGAUAUGCGACAUGCUGUAUUUCAUCAGCUGUUAUAAAACGGUGCUUUGAAGAAUCACGAUCAAUGUCUAUUUUUUUGUUAAUUGAAGACGAGGUACGUGAUAAUUAUAUGUUGCCGUCCAUCGUGAUUUUGAAUGAUUUAGAAUUGUUUUGAUACGUUCUGUACUUUCAUGUUCCUAAAUGUAUUUUAUUUAGCGAGAAAUACUAAAUAAUAAAGUAUACGAAGUAAUGAA